CGCGAUGACGCGCUGACCAGCCGUGGCCGACACGUCUCAGGUUCCGCAAAGGCCUGUGGGAGCGACCCGGGAGAAGGAGGGCCAAGAUGGCGAAAGCGGCCGAGUCUUCAGGAGACCCGGGGACAACAUCGCCCAGGCCCCUGUUUGCAGGCCUUUCUGAUAUAUCGAUCUCACAAGACAUCCCUGUGGAAGGAGAAAUCACCAUUCCUAUGAGAUCUCAUAUCCGGGAAUUUGACAGCUCCACAUUAAAUGAAUCUGUUCAGAAUACCAUUAUGCGUGAUCUAAAAGCUGUUGGGAAAAAAUUCAUGCAUGUUUUGUACCCAAGGAAAAGUAAUACUUUGUUGAGAGAUUGGGAUCUCUGGGGCCCUUUGAUCCUUUGUGUGACACUUGCAUUAAUGCUUCAAAGAAGCUCUGUAGAUAGUGAAAAGGAUGGAGGACCCCAGUUUGCAGAAGUGUUUGUCAUUGUCUGGUUUGGUGCGGUUACCAUCACCCUCAACUCAAAACUUCUUGGAGGAAACAUAUCUUUUUUUCAGAGCCUCUGUGUGCUGGGUUACUGUAUACUUCCCUUGACGGUGGCAAUGCUGGUUUGCCGGUUGGUGCUUUUGGCCGAGCCAGGACCUAUAAACUUCAUGGUCCGUUUUUUUGUGGUGAUCGUGAUGUUUGCCUGGUCUAUAGUAGCCUCUACAGCUUUUCUUGCCGAUAGCCAGCCUCCAAACCGCAAAGCCCUGGCCAUUUAUCCUGUUUUCUUGUUCUAUUUUGUCAUCAGUUGGAUGAUUCUCACAUUCACUCCUCAGUAAAUCAGGAAAUGGAAAUUAAAAACCAGUGAAUUGAAAGCUCAUCUGAAAGAUGCAGUUCACCAUGGAGCUUUCCCUCUGGCCCUCUUUUGUGUAAUUUUGGAGGUAUUUGGUAUGUGAGGAUAUUAAAAGGGAGCCAUAAAGCACCAUCACUGCUUAUAAGGAACCGAUGUUUGAAAGGCUGUCCUUUGCCUCUUGAUGUUAUUUCUUUAAAAUAUGUAGUAUAUGCAGUAUAGUGCUGCCUUAAGGCAUGAUAGGGUCACUGUGGUCCAUUCAAGUGACAGCCAAUGAUUUGGGAAACACAUGGAUACAUCCUGCAAUUUGAGUGGAAUUAACUGCUGUAUUUUCACUUUUGAGAAUACUAGUUCAGGUGCGGCUCUUAAACACAUUGCCUUAUGACUAUUAGAAUAUGCCUCUCUUUUCAUAAAUAGGAAUGGGUAGUCUAUCCAUUUUGUUUUAUUUCUUUCUUAGGCUUAAAAAGGCAAUGACAGAGGUUGGGAAGGGGCUUCAUAAUUGCAGAGGAGAAAACAUGCAUUAACCAGUAUUCAGAAUUUGACUGGAGAAAAUUCUGCACUUGUUGCUUUCUAAAAAAGCGAAGGACAGGUAAAGAAUCAGCUUCUUUAGUUGUUCUGUAUGGUUCCUUUUCCACCAUGCUUAUUAACAGCACCUCAUUGACACUCUAGUUUUUAAUUUUGCUCUCUAGCUCUGAAUAUGCAAGCUGUUACUAGUCAAUAUGUAAUUUUCCUGUCAUUGAAGCUCUUGGUGGACCAGUGCUUGAACUUAUCCAAGUGGGAGACCUCAAAAAUUUAGAUUGGUAGGUCCUUAAUGCAUAUUAUCAUUUGGGUAGAAUGAGGCAUUUUGGACACAGCAUAGCUCUAAGGAAGUCCUCGUUAUUCUGUGUAGUCUGGGCUUUAACUAGAAAGUAAAGCUAAAUCAGAAGCCUGCAUUUAACCCCAUGCACAUGGAGGGAUUUAGUGUUCUGAUGGCUGGUUCACAGAACAGCUAGAUGCUUAGAGCAUGACGUUGGAUGCCAUGGUUUACAGCUGCCACUUCUUCAUAGUGGUCUUAGCAGUUUUUUCAUUAGAUGUGCUUUUUGGGUUGGGGAAUGGCAAUUUAUUUUCUUGGUUUUAGACUUUAUUUGUAAAGCUGCUUAGCUCUUCUUUAGACAAGUACUUUUUUUUGCACAUGUGCACCUACUUGUAUUCUCAGCAGAGUGUCUGGAAAGGCUGAUUUGAAGCUAAACAGGGUUCCUUUAGGGUAAUAUGAACUACUGCCAUCUAUAAAUUGCACAUUGAAGAACUCUUAAUAGACAAAAGAUUAGGAGUCAGGCAGAAAACAUUCAUUGUAUAUACAGUUACUUAUAAAGAUAGGAAUUUAUUCCAUGGUUUUUCUUUAUCAUGGAAUCUAAAUAUUUAUUCAUUUUUUAGUCUAAAGACUAUCUACACAUGGAUAUAUAAUUUUAAAAACAUAUUUUGUCCAUUCCCAGAUUAACCAAGAACACUACUAGGACAGAUGGGUGUUUGGAGUUAUCACUAAAUUACUGAGCAUUUCAAAGUUGGUCCUCUCAAUCCCAGCCUUCUCCAGAGGUUUUGGUUAUUAUAUAUUUGUAUUCAUUUCAAUUUCUCUGCUAAAUUUUAAAAUAAACCUGGUGAGCACAAAGCCAAUUUUUCAGUCUUGAAUUGGUGAAGACAAUAUUUUGAAACUGGUUUUGAUUUUGAAAUUGGUCCUUAAGUUAUCAUCCAUUUCCAUCGUCUGAAAUUUCCCAACCUUUACUGACAACUUCUCUUUUCCAAAGUUAUUUCAUAAUCUGUCCCAGUGGUUAUAAUGUAAAAUUAAAGAAAUGAUCAUGUUUCUCAAAAGGGAAUUGCCUACCGAAUUUUACUCAGGCUAAAUAUUUUGGUCAGAAAUUUUUAAGGUUACAACAGGGGUGGCAGUUUUAUGGGUAGGGAGGCGGGGAGGGGGCUAUAUUGGGUGUUAAGGCAGUUUGUUCUGUGUGUUAAUCUCUUGCUCUUGGGUGAUUUAAGGAAUGGUUUCAUUUGAUUUAAAUGAAGAUAGGUAAAAUGGAGAUUAUCUUUCUGAAAAUGAAUGGUCAGUUUUAUGGUAUAAAUGAUUAUUUUCUUAAUAUAUGCAAAAAAGUGCAUUGCUCUCUGUGGCAGAAGACCUGCUUAUCUGGAAGUUGUAACCCUCAACACAGCUUUCCCUGGUUUGCUGCAAAGGCACAUGGCUAAUUAUAGAAAGAAAGACUAGAAGAGAAAGGGAUUUUAACAAAGGAAACCCUGUUCUAGUAAUUGGGAAGUUUCAUGCUUUAGAUGAAACUCAAGUGUGUGAGCAUCAUUACCAAAUAUACUGCAUCCUUGCUGAAUGUGGUGCAUCACUGUCAUGGGUUGUCAUUUGCUGCCCCUACUUCUGAGACUGAGCCUCUGUUGUAACAUUCUCUAGCAAUAGGAAGGUGAAGACUGGAUAUAAUUGCUCUUCAGAUUAUAAAAACUCAACUAAUGCAAACAUAUUAGAAUGUGCAGUGUAGUCUUAAAUGUCAACCAUUAAUUGUUAAGUCUUUUGCCUCUUGGGAGUCUUAUUACAUGAAUUGAUUAGGAUCUUUUUAUUGUGAUGGAUUUUUCUGUUGUUGGGCAAGGUGGGCUUGUCACAGGACAUAGGACCAGUCAGCAUUUUACUGUUUACUAUAUUUAUCUUUUUAUAAAGUAUCUCCCAAAUGUGAUUAGAAGGCUAGCAAGCCUAUAGUUAAAGAUUUAAUUGUAUACUUCUUAUAAUCUAACUACUUAUUGUACCUGGACUUCCUGAAGAUGAAAAUGAAAAUCUCCUGUCAUUUCAAGUCCUUGGGUGACAUCAAGUCAUUGGAAUUUAUCUACAUGCUAUAAUGAUAUGAUCAGACAUCCAUUGCAUGAGCUGUUUUAUUCCAGAGUAAAAUACUGAAAUUGUUAUUCUUAAUUAGACUGUUAAUUUCUGAGACAAUUUGGAUAGAGAUAAAUCUGUGAAUGUUAAUUCAUGUAUGUAAAUUAGAAAUACUUUUCUAGAUUCUGUGGGCUUUUAUUGAAAAUAAAGAAUUUCUAGGGAUUUACUCAGGCCAUAAGAUGGCUAAGUAAUAAUAAUGACAAUAAUAUAACUACUAAUAAUGGCUAAUAUUUAUUGGGCACUUACAUUGUGCCAGGCAAUAUUCUAUUUUUUUAAGAAUUUUUAUAACAGCUUUGUUGAGAUAUACUUUACCAUAAAAUUCAUCCUUUUAAAGUGAUGUACAAUUAAGUGAUUUUUUCAGUAUAUUCACAUAAUUGUGUAUUAUCACCACUAGCUCAUUUUAGAACAUUUUCAUCACCUCCCAGUAAAAUCCCAUAUCCAGUAGCAUCACUUCUUUUCCCCUUCUCCCCAGCCUCUGGCAACCACCAGUCUGCUUUCUGUCUCUAUUGAUUUGGCCAGGCACUAUUCUUAAGUGCUUUUUAUGUAUCUCCUCUACUCCAUAACAAAAAGUGCUACAAUUCUCAUUUUACAAGUAGAAAAUUGAGUCACAGAAAGGUUAAGUAAAUUGCCCACGGUCACACAGUAAAUUGAUUUAAAAUAGGAAAACACUAAAUGGGAGCAUAGUAGGACACAGUUUUGAAUUGCAUUGUUAUGUACAUGAAAUGAAUAUACCCUUUUCCCAGGGUAUGGGUAUGCUCCCUGUAAUUAGCCAUUACACCCUACAACUGACUGGAGAUAGAUAACUCUCAUUCUUUUUUUUUCCCCUGAGUAAUAGAACACUAUAUUAGCAUCUGAGAAAAACACAAGAGCAGUUGUACAUUGGAAAGAGUUAGGUUUCCUGCCUUCCCCCACCUUCAGCUCCUUUUGUCUCCUUUCCCCCACCAGACACAUGCACGCGCGCACGCUCCUCUUCUUUUUCCCAGUCUUAAGAGUCAACCAACUUCUGCCUCUUUCAUUUUAAUUCUCCCAGAGGGAAGAUUAGUGCAUCAAAAUUUAACCUGUUUAUUCAGGUGCUUAUAGUCAGGGGAUGCAUCUAGUCACUUAUAAUACCAGUUAUAUUUCUAAGCCCUCGGAGAGCAGUAGUGUGAGAAUAAAAUUCUUUUUUAAUUGGGUUAAACUAGGUGGGGGAAAUAACAGAGUAAGGGCUUUGCUUUAAUGAAGUCAGUGGUUCCACCUGGUAGGAAGUAACCACAUGCUACUCUUGUUCACUCUGUUCUGUUUAUUUCAGAGCCUUUGUGCUCUGUGCCAUCACUGCUGGUAAUUUCUUGGUUCUCUUCAGUACUCCAUUUUAAUCCUGAUCUUUCCUGUAAAUAAUGAACCUAUGGAAAGAGUAAAUCUGUAAGAUGAUUUGUGAAUGUUAAACUUGCAAAUAAAAACACUGGAAAAGGA